AUGUCUCAAUCUUAUUUGAUAACAGAUGUUUUGAGAAAUGUUAAACUUCUCAAAAUUUUGGGAAUCACAUUCUUCUCAGUUGAGAAUGGAAAGUCAGUAACGAGAUUGCAAGACGUGCUAUACAUGCUAACAACAAUCGGAAUUGGAGCUUUUAUUUGCUAUUACUCGUUGGCAUAUAGCAAUGAUGUGAAUUCUGAAGACUCUAAAAUUGCUAGUAUUGGCAACUUUCUUGUUAAUAUAGCAUCGAUUAUUAUAGUUAUACUGUCUGUAUUCAUAACUUUUCUUUUCCGUCACAAGAUCUGGUUUUUGGCACAGAAAUUGGAUACAAUUGAACUAAAGCUUCGCGAUGUUGGCUCAAAAAUGAACUAUAAUAAAGUAAUGAAUAUGUACGGCUAUGCAUGUGUUGGAGUUCUGCUAAUCAUUACAGCAUUAGAGUAUCUUUCUUAUGUAUUACAAGGCUCAUUAGUUCAAGUCAUUCUAGAUCUCUACUCAUGCGUUUACUUUUCUAUAAAUAUCAGCAUAUGUACAAUCAUUAUCCUAUCAAUAGCGCUGAAGCUCAAACGAGUCAAUACGGUUUGUAAGUCGAUGCUAAUUCACGGUGAUUAUCAAAAUUCAAUUAUGAAAGUUCACACGACUGAAAGUAAUGAAGAGAUUGACACAAUUGCCAAGAUUUAUGAGAUUUACAGUAUCUGCAUUGACGCAGGUACAACUUUAAAAUUAGCAAAUGAAAUGAUGAAACAGAGCAAGGACAUGAACAAAACAUUGAUAUUGGUUACAUUUACCACACUCGUCAAAAAGCGUCCACCCAAAUUCACAUGUGGACUUUUCGAUUUCGAUUGGAAACUGGUUUUUGCGAAUAUUUCUUCAGCUGCUACAAAUUUUGUGAUUCUCAUGCAAUUUGAUAUGGCAUCAAAACAUUGAGCAACAGCAUAUGUGUGUUGGUGUUUAAUCUCCUUUGAUGUUUUUUUCGCAGUGCCAUUAACAUUUUUCAAUGAAUUGUUGUGAAUUGUUUGUAAUUGUUGUAAAC